UGGAGGCUGACGCACAACCUGAGCAGCUACAAACACACAGACACUCAGUCCCACUCAGUCCUCUCGGCGAUGCUUACCCGACUCCGCACCACAGACUGAUCAGCGACCACCGCACAACCGACCACCCUCCAGCUGAGCCCUCAGUGCAGCGGAGAGAGAGAGCGAGCAGAGCAGCGCCCCCCCUCUCUGAGCUCCAGGAAGAAGACGCAAACAUGUCAGAGAGGAGAGGUCAGAAGAAGUCCAUUUUCCUGUCAUUAUUAGUGUGCUGCAUGUUUGCCAGUGCAGAGUAUUCCACCUGUGGAGAGUACGAGUUCUUCAACCAGACCAGUAACAGCUGCCAGGCCUGUCCUCAGUGCCAGCCUGGACAAGAGCCGCAUAUGACCUGCGGCUACGGUGUGAAGGAUGAGGACUUUGCCUGUGUGCCGUGUCCGCACGGGAAAUAUUCCAAAGGGAAGUACGAGAUCUGCAGACGCCACAAAGACUGCGACGCCCUCUACAAAGCCACGGUGCGGGCGGCGGGGACUCCGGACAGCGAUGCCGAGUGUGGGCCGUGUUUACCGGGGUAUUACAUGCUGGAGAACAGACCCAGAAACCUCUAUGGGAUGGUGUGCCACUCCUGCCAGAACGCACCACGCAACACCAAAGAAUGCAAGCAAAGCAGUAAACCAAAAGAGAAACCUCCUAUUGACCCUGGCAGCACGACAGUGUUCCCUCACCCAGAUAAAGGUACCAAUGGACAGGGUCACCUAGCCACAGCUCUCAUCAUCGCCAUGUCAACCAUAUUCAUCAUGGCCAUCGCCAUCGUCCUCAUAAUCAUGUUUUACAUCCUGAAGGCCAAGCCGAGCGGCCAGGCAUGUUGUUCUGGACAAGUUGUGAAGGCAGUGGAGGCUCAGACCAUCAAACAGGAAGACAAGAAAGAUGUUCCAGACAAAGUGGUGAUCUACUCAGAAAAGGACGAGUUUGACAAACUGAAAGUCCCCCCGCAGAAGACGGUCAAAAGUGAAAAUGAUGCGUCAUCAGAGAACGAGCAGCUGCUAAGCCGCAGCAUCGACAGCGACGAGGAGGCUGCGUCCGACAAACAGGGAUCAGCCGACACCAACAACACCAACCCGUGCCUGGUCAACCUGGGCAACAAGCCCGACCUCUGCCUCCUCUCUCUGGGGCUGCACGAGAGCGACCACACCUGCAAUGGGUCCCCCACCAUCAUGUCCGGCCAGGCCAACAACGCCACGAGUCCCAACCACGUCGGCAACGUCAACCACAUCGCCAGCAAUAACCACAUCAGCAACAUGAAUGCGAUCAAUAACAACAAUAAAACCCCAGGGAUGCUACAGAGUCGAAGGAAAAAGAUCCUGGAUCUAUACGCCAGAGCCUGCAAUGUGACAGAGGGCCUGAGCCCCACAGAGCUUCCCUUCGACUGUCUGGAGAAGACCAGCCGCAUGCUGAGCUCCUCCUACAGCAGCGAGGCGGCCGUGGUGAAGACGUGGAGGCACCUGGCCGAGAGCUUCGGCCUGAAGCGUGACGAGAUCGGCGGCAUGAGCGACGGCCUGCAGCUCUUCGAGAGGGUGAGCACGGCGGGCUACAGCAUCCCUGACCUCCUGACCCGCCUGGUGCAGAUCGAGAGGCUGGACGCCGUGGAGUCGCUCUGCUCGGACGUGCUGGGCGGCGGCGAGAUGACGGUGGUCAACGGGAGGCAAGGCAUCAGCAGUUUUCACAGCCAACUGGUGUGUCAAUCCCAGUACCCGUCACCCUCCCAACGCUGCGCCAGUGUCUAGACAUGUGGUGGAGCAGAGACUUAAGAGACUGGGAUGCCUUACAGUAUACAUUUCAGUAGGGACAGAUACUGCUCUGACUCGGAGGACAGCACAUAUACAGCAAACAUAUUACACCCAUCACAUGAAGAAUGUCAGUGGACCUUUGCAGGCACAGUUCUUAUUCGCCCAUCGUGGUUCUCUCUCUUUCAAGAAAGCUAGCAAUGUGAAAUUGUUUCCUUAACUCCCAUCUUUCUAAACUUUUACAGAGUUUGAGAAAGAAAGAAAAUGAACGAUUGCUCGAGUUCAGAUUAUUCUCGUUUGGUUGUUUAGAUAUUUUCUGCUUUGCCAGAACAAAACAAUCACAAUUCCUUUUAGAUUUUAUUUUUCUUUCUCAAAUUCCAAGAAAAUAGUUGGUUUAACUGUGCGCUGGAUGCAACACCAAAAAAAACAAUAUUUCGUAAGCAGUAUUAAAAAAGAUACACAACUAUAGUCAAGAGUGGAGUCUGGGAUUUUACAGAAUUAUCUGAAGAUUUGAUUAUCUUAAAUUUGCUCUUUUGAGAGUCCAUGCUACACAAUUCACAGAAUUUCUCUGCUGCUUGUGCGAAGUAUAUAAAUCACACUCUUGCUACAGCUACUUCCUAUGCCGUGAUCCAGGCUGUGACCCCCCUCACCCCCCAGUAAUUCUUCCAGUCUAUCCUCCCCCUUUCCCCUUUCACCCCAGCGCUGCGGUCUAGCGCUGCCGCCAGUCCUAAUUAUUUGGCGUGUGGCUUGCCGGGCCCCUAAUAGGCUGAAGUGUUGUGGUUUACAGAGCGGGUGCAAAGUGCCUGUGAUUUCCAUCACCCAAUUAAGCAUUUAGGGCCACUUAACCACUGAAAGCCCAGUGGAAAAGCUAUAAAAAAGCGUGCAUUAAAAAAUAGAGAUGCCACAGCAACAGGCAUGACUAACUGCCUCCGGGGGAUUCUGCGCUGCGAGCAGUGCGAGAACGCAGCCGGCCGUGGUGGAAGCAGCGCUACGGUUGUCCUGCAACGUCUGAUCUCGCUCAGCUUUUUGUGGCCGGCUCAGUCAUGCUCAGACAGGAUUUAAGCUCUCCUCUACCCUAUGGGACCAAUAUAGCAAAUGAGAACAAUGUGCAGUUGUGUGGGUUGUCCACUUCUGAAAAGUAGCCGAAGCCGGUUUACGUUUGUUAUGCACAGAGACUGAAGGGGGCUCCGAACAGCAUCAGGUUAAACUUUACGAAGAGCGUCACGUUCGAUGCACUUCAUUAAUAACAGAUUAGAGCCGACAGAUAAGAUGCUGGUCAACGUCCGGCUUUCUGUGGUGGUGAGGCUCCAAAACUCAGCUCAAACAACCAAUGCCAAGACUGACUUUGAUCUCAUUUCUUGGGAAUUGGACCGGAUCUUUAUCUAAUGCCUGAUGUUGUCAGCAUAAUGUCCCAGGACUGAUCUGCACAGAAUCAAACACAUCACCUGCUGUCAAGUUCUCUUUGUGACUGCUUUUUGUUCUUUUUUUUUUUUUUUUAUACUGCAAACUCUGGGGCUGGACCCCGGUACUUAAAUUAAUGUGCUAUGUUCAUCAAGCAUCUAUUCAUAGUUUAUUUCCUUUGUAAAAUCUCUUGUCGAGGCAAAGAAAAAGCUCACGAUAAAUAUAACAGCUUUUUUUUUCAGAGCAGGGCCGUCUUCAUCCGAUCCAGUUCAAAUCGAAACAUGUUUAACUAGUUAUUUUUAUGAUGUUUUAUGAUGUUGAACUUUGUAAAUAAUAUAAUUGCUGGACUGAAUUGAAAUGAAAUGGAUCCAAGCCCUGAUUCCAGGCACGCAAAAUCUUGUCUUACACACAGUAUAUUAUGCUGAUAUACAGAAACCAAACUUGGAUUUCUUACCUCAGUAGCACACACAUAAUAGUAGAACAUGUAGAAACACACAUGCAAAGCCAUCACAGAACCAAAG